AUGUCUUCAAGCGUAUCAAUGAUAGUUGACAGUCCAGAUACGCAGCAUUCAACAGAUACACCUUUACAUAUUUCCGAUCUUUUUGCGACAUCUUAUACGCCUACGGAAUCUCGUGGUCAAAGAACGUUGAUUCCUACUAACACCUCAUUCAACGGAAUUCUGUAUGCUCACUUCAAUAAUGAUUUAAAUGACGGUGAUUUGACCUCUCCAGAAUACUAUGAAGAAUUAUGUGACCAACUUUUAAAGAAAGCUCGGAAUGAACCUGGGAAAACUUUUCCAAUCGAUUUAACUCAAUUUCGUCUUUGGGAAGCUGAGCGAAAUACUUGGAAUUUAAUAAAGCAAUUGCAAUUACUUAGAUCAACGCAUCCAACAAACGUUAAUAUACCUGCAAAACUUUAUCAAACGGACGGUGCUCUUCAAUGUGAACUUCUUGCGACAAAUUUGAACUUUGCCGAAGCUUGGAUAGUACGUCAAUGGUUGCAAAAUACUGCUCUUCCGUUCUUGCCUGCUGAAACAUACCCUGAAUAUUGGUCGGAUACAAAAACACAUCUCAUGUUUAAAUCAAAGCUGAAUUCCCAAUAUCUAGACCCGGAUGGUCCGUACAGAACCGGGAAUGCCCUGCAUCCACAAGAUCAGAGUCAUGAUAAUGAGUUGGCAAAAUCAAUAUAUGAAUAUUUACGACGAGGACAACUAGACACUGCUUGUGAAAUCAGUAAAAAAAAUGGUCAGUCUUGGCGGGCCGCCAGUAUAAGCGGAUAUAUUGUUAAUGGAGAACAAACUGAUGAUGGCGAAGACGUGGAUUCAAUUAAGAGUUCGGGUAAUAUCAAUAGGCAUUUAUGGCGUGCUACCUGUUAUCAAUUAGCUCAGGAG